AUGCCAAGCGCUGGACAGUUUAUCGCCUUAUCUACUAGCUCUGUAGGCGUUGGACCUGGAGGUACAACAUCUAUGGUCGCAAGAGUCGCGGUGGUUGGUUACCGAGGCGAAAUAAUGUGGGAGGCAUAUAUCACUCCCACUAUGCCGGUGUCAGACUAUAGGACCGCGACCACAGGCAUCACUGCCGACAACCUUGCACCGGGGCGUACUAUUUACUUUUCUGACGUUCAGCGGCACGUUGCUAUGCUCAUUGAAGGCAAAAUACUGAUCGGCCACAGUCUAUGGAACGACCUAUCUGUUCUCGGGAUACCUCAUCCAGCCAUAUAUACGCGCGACCUGGCACUCUAUCAGCCGUUUCGGAAUACCCUACGCCAGCCAAAUGCGACGAUAGGUCUCCAGACGCUCGUUUGGCAGUUCAUGGGUCGCCAUAUCGGAGAAGGGGCGCAUGAUCCCAUUGAGCGCGCGCGGGCAGCUAUCGACUUGUAUCGUUCUGCAUCGACAGACUGGGAGACAAGCAUAGCUCAAGGUCAGUGGCCUUGUGCCUUGCCUCCUAGUUCAUUCUCUCGGUGCUAUGGAUGA